AUGGUGACUUCAGCUGCCGGCCUGCUGGUGCGCCUCGUGGCGGCACUGUGCUUCUUCCAGUACGUCCAGGCCAAGACCGUCACCUAUGAUUUCAAUGUCACCUGGGUCACCGCCAACCCGGACGGCCUGUAUGAUCGAAAGGUCGUUGGCAUCAACGGCCAAUGGCCCCUGCCGGUGAUCGAGGUCGACAAGGGCGAUCAGCUCGUCGUGAACAUGCACAAUGGCCUCGGUGACAAGAGGGCAUCCAUCCAUUUCCACGGUAUGUUCCAGAAUGGCACAAAUGAGAUGGACGGCCCGUCCAUGGUCACUCAGUGUCCGGUCUCGCCGGGUUCCUCAAUCACCUAUAACUUCACGGUGAACCAAAAUGGAACCUACUGGUACCAUUGCCAUACCGACUACUGCUAUCCGGAUGGCUACCGCCAGGCGUUGAUCGUGCACGAUAAGGAUGCCUACUUCAAUGAUAUGUAUGAUGAGGAGUAUGCCAUUACUAUGAGUGAUUGGUACCAUGAAAUGAUUGAGGACAUCACUUUCAUCGACAAGUCCAACCCGACAGGCGCAGAGCCCAUCCCAAAUGCCUUCCUGUUCAACGACACCCUGAACAGUAGUCUCUCCGUGGAACCGGGAAAGACGUAUUUAUUGCGGUUGAUCAACGUUGGUGCAUUUGUUGCGCAGUACUUCUACAUCGAGGAUCACACAUUCAAAAUUGUUGAAAUCGACGGUGUAUAUACAGAUGCUACCGAGGCAAGCAUUCUCUAUAUUUCUGUUGCCCAACGGUAUUCUGUCCUUGUUACGAUGAAGAACUCCACGGAAAAGAACUACCCCAUUGUGACAGUGGCGGACUCGCAGCUGUUGGACACCAUUCCAUCUGAUCUGCGGCUGAACCACACCAAUUGGCUGGAAUACAAUAAAACCGCCGCCCAUCCACAGGCUACCAUUACCGUGGCCGAUGCCUCUGAUCUCAUUCCAUUCGACGAUAUGAGUCUCGUGCCUCACGACCGUAUGGAACUGCUUCCCGAGGCCGAUCUGGUCAUCGAUCUCACUGUGUACAUGGAAAACCUCGACAACGGCGCCGACUACGCCCUUCUGAACAACAUAUCCUACACUCGGCCUAAGGUGCCUACCCUCUUCACGGUCAUGUCAGCCGGCGAACUUGCCACCAACUCCGAAGUCUACGGAGAUUACACUCACCCAAUGGUCCUGGGCCACAACCAAGUCGUGGAAAUCAUCCUCAACAACGGCGACGGCGGCUCGCACCCAUUCCACCUGCAUGGACACAACUUCCAACUCAUCAAUCGCGCCCCAGCGUACGGCGAGCACUUCUACGACUACGCCGAUGGCGACCCGGUGGCCUACGACCCGAGCAAUCACACCGCGUUCCCCAAGUACCCCGCCCGCCGCGACACUUUCGUGCUCCCACCCCAGGGCUACUUCGUCAUCCGCUUCGUCGCCGACAACCCAGGCGUCUGGUUUUUCCACUGCCACAUCGACUGGCACCUGCAACAAGGACUUGGCAUGACGCUCAUUGAGGCGCCUCUGCAGAUACAAGAGCGCCUGACCAUCCCUCAGAAUCACUACGACGUAUGUGAGGCGUCAGGCGUGCAGUCCAAGGGCAAUGCAGCCGGCAAUACGGUCGACUACCUUGACCUGUCGGGCCAGAACAAGCAGGUUGCUUGGCUGCCAGCUGGGUUUACGGCCAAGGGCAUAGUGGCCAUGGUUUUCUCGUGCGUGUCAGCGUUCCUGGGUAUGGCGUUUAUCUCAGUGUAUGGUGCUUCAGGCAUCAAGAUGGCGAAUAAAAAGCGCAAGACGGAGAAGGCAGCGGCCGAGGGGUCAGCGUCGACGGAUAGUUGA